CACAUUAUUUUCCAGUGUCUUUGCAAUGUUCCCGACGAGAUUUCUACGCCGACUGCUCUGAUCCCAUCGAAGUUGCCGUCACAGAAGCCGAAGCAGAAAUUAAUGCAUCUUGCUCCGCGUCCCUGUUUGUUUUGACCUGUGUAGAUAGAAAGGAAUCCUGCAACAGGGAUUAGCGGUCCGUCAAUGAGGAACUACCGGCUCAUCUUCUGCCACAACCUGAAGCAGCCAUAGAUGGUUUGGUGGUUCACUGGCUAAGGGAGGAGAGGAUAGGACACACUUUCACUGCUACACGACGUGAGGUCUUGGCGGGGUUGUGGUGAGGAAGAGGAGGCCAUGAGGAAGAGCGUGUCUCCGUUGCCAGGCAACGAGGGCGGGAGCUCAGCCAGCACCACGCGUGUUUUUGGCGUUCCUUUGGAGGAGGUGACGCGCACACACACCAUCAGUGGCCAUGAGGUUCCUGCACUGGUGAAACACAUCGUUGACUACAUCGAGGAGCAUGGUCAUCUGGACCUGGAGGGGCUCUUCCUUGUUAAUGGCAACGCAGAACGUGUGGAUUGGCUGCGCCAGCGGUAUGACAGCGGUGAGGAGGUGGAACUAGAGAAGGAGGCAGACCUGGCAUCAGCGGUCAGUUUGCUCCGACUCUUCCUGCAGGAGCUUCCUGAGCCGGUUAUCCCAACGGCGAUACAGGGACACAUUCUACAGCUACACCAAGACUACAGCAACGAAGAGGAUUUGUGUAGAAACUUGAAGUACCUGCUGCAGCAGCUUCCCCAGCUGAACUAUGGCCUACUGCGUUUCCUGUGCCGCUUCCUGGCCAGCGUAGCUUCACUUCAGCAGGAGAGCUGGAACAUCGGGACGCUGGCCGCUGUCUUUGGACCAGACAUCUUCCAUCUGUCAACAGAAGGAGAGGACCUUCGAGACCAGGAGUCUGUCAGCAGAGUCCUAGCAGAGCUGUUGGACAACCAGGACGGCCUGUUCGAUUCAGAGGAUGAUGACGUUUCCACCACCAACGACUACAGCUCCAUCAAUGAACAGAUCACAGAGCUGUUAGAUGAUGAGAAGUGUGAAGCCGAAUGUGAAGAACUGCCUCAGGACGGAGAGGAGGGUCCGGCCUCCUCUGACUCACCACAACACACCCAAACCAAUGACAGCCCCACAGCCAGCUCCCACCUCUCCCCCAUAUCCAUCCUGCCUGCUGACUCUGCUGAGAUAAUCCAGCGAACCAUCAGGGCUGCAGUGGAGCAGCACUUCUUCGAUCUGAAAACCUCCAUCGACCAAGACCUCAGCAACUAUGACAGCCAGGGGAUGAGUCCCAGUGAGCCUGCAGACCAGGGAUGCCAUGGAGAUGAAGAGCAACAAACAGACCCUGAGGACAGUCCCUGUGACACAGAAGGGGAGACCCCACUCACGCCAACCGAGCAGCACAUACAUCAAAGCCAGAAAGACACACAGGAUUCGUUGGACUCUGGCGCCACCCUGGAGGAGAGCUCUGGAAUGGACCUGGACGCAGAGGCUGUCAGAGAUGCUGAGAACAACAUCAACACUGCCAGGCAGGACAAUCAACCCUGUGACAACAUGGAGCAGACUCAGACUGACACCAUAAGCUGUGAUUCAGGUUUACGCCACUGUGAUCAGAAUGCCAACACCAGCAAGACCAACAGGAACCACCUGACGCCAUGCCACCCAAACUCUGGCCAUAACCCCCACCUCCAGCUCUUCCCCGACAACCAGUGGGAAGACCCCGUGCCUGCUUUCAAAUCCUGGCAGGACGACAGCGAGAGCGGAGAGGCACAGCUCUCCCCGCUGGCCGGUCGCAUGGUUCCUCUCCCUCCGCUUCUCCUGGAGGAGGAAGGCGAGGAGGAUGAGGGGGAGGGAGGGCAGGAAGCCUCCCCCUCCUCUUCCCGCUCCCACCCUCACCUCCUGGCGCGGCGCUUUCUGGACUUUGGAGGGCACGGUGCCCAGCGGUUUCUCCAGCAGGACCCGGACGCCACCUCACCCACCAAAGCACAGAGGCCACGGCGGGCAUCAUUUGGCUCCAAAGAGGCGAUGAGAGGAGGAGAUUCAGUGACCCACCAACUCACCAAGAAGCUUCAGCACCUGAAGAAGAAAAUCAAGCAGUUUGAAGAGCAAUUUGAGAAGGAGAGGAACUACAAGCCCUCUCACGGAGACAAGGCAGCUAACCCCAAAGUCCUCAAAUGGAUGACCGACCUCACAAAGAUCCGCAGGCAGAUUAAAGGACGCCAGCACCACCUUUUACCCAGAAGCACGCUGAGGCACCAGGCUUUGCUCCAUUCAUACAGACGCCACCAUGCUCCCUCCUUCUCCCCCUCCUCCUCCUCCUCCUCCUCCUCCUCCUCUAUCUGCUCACCUCCCCAUCACACACUCACCCCCCCGCUCCACCCCUACUCAGGCCUGAGCUCUAGACCGUAUCACCUCAACGCCAAACACCGCGCAGAGAGCGAGCUCGGCCCCCAGACUCGUCCACGCAGCAACACCUUACCCAAGAGCUUCGGCUCCACGCUGGAGCAAGGCGCUUACGAUGCAGCAGGAGAGGCGAAGGGUCAGCGUCCCACCAGGGAGGAAACACUGGAGCUGAUCCAGCGCAGAGUCAAAGGGAAGAAGCAGGAGGACGGCUGGCCCGACGACAUCAAGAAGAUGACCAAGGAGCAGCUGUCCUGUGAGAAGACGGUCCUUCAGAAGAACCUGCUGCAUUAUGAGGGCCUGCACGGUCGACCUGUGACCAGAGAGGAGCGUCUGGUGGUGAAGCCUCUCUAUGACCGCUACAGAUUGGUCAAACAGAUGCUCACCAGAGUCAGCAUCACUCCGAUCACAGUGUCUCCCUCUAGUAAAAGGCGAACUCAGACCCUCCAGCCAAUCAUUGAGGGGGAAACCGCUCAUUUCUGGGAGGAGAUCCAGGAGGAGGACGAGGACGAGCGGAAAGACGGAGGAGGGGGAGGUGAAGGAGGAGGGGGAGGAGAAGGAGGAGGGGAAGAAGAGGAGAGGGAGGAGGAAAGAGAGGAGGAGGAAGAAGAGGAGGACGAGGAGGAGGGAGAGAGCAGCGGCGGGGAGAUGCAGAGCUCCGAGGUCAUCAUGGCCGUCGACCUCGUGACCACGUCUGACGGAUCCGUGAGGAGCCAGAACCAACCCGACAGGCAGAGCGAUUAUCAGAUGAGAGCCAAUAUGGAGGAGGGGUCGGGGAAGCUGGCAUUGGACCUGCGGCUGUCCAGCUCCAACGCCUCGUCCAUGCCAGAGCUGCUGGAACAGCUGUGGAAGGCCCGAGCAGAGAAGAAGAAGCUGAGGAAGACCAUCCGAGAGUUUGAGGAAGAUUUUUAUCAGCAUAAUGGAAGAAACGUUCAGAAGGAGGACCGGGUGCCGAUGCUGGAGGAGUACAGGGAGUACAAGAGGAUCAAGGCCAAACUCCGCCUGCUGGAAGUUCUCAUCAGCAAACAGGAUUCCUCCAAAUCCAUCUAGACCCGCCCCCCUCCUCAGACACCAGCUGUCACAUGCACACAUCAGCUGUGGUCAGACGCCAUCACACCUGGGAGGGUUCAACACACACAUCGCAUGACUUCCAGGAAGUCCAGGCUCCAUGACCUCAACUACUUCUUCUCCGCGUGCUGCGUUCAUGUCAUCGGGUAACCUAAACUAGAGUGACUAGCUGGUUCAGAGUUACAGUUCAGUAUGUCAGAAUUUAACUUGUAGCAGGAACAUUUCUGGAGACUUUAACAUGCAUUUUAACUGCAGCAACCAAAGUAAAGUUUUGGUUCUUGGGUCUGAGUUCCAGUGCCAUGGAAAUAGUUCAACUAGCUGGUAAAACACAAUCCUUGCGACUGCACUGAUAGUGUUAUUGUUAGGAUUAGGAAUGGGAAUUUCCCUCUGACUAUUAACAAAUAUAGUAAGUAAGCACUAGAUUAAAAGAAUGACAUGCUGACUGUGUUGUUUCAUAGUUUUUAAUACUUAAUUGAUCUAGUUUGCCAAAUCUUUGAGGCAAAAGAGUGAAGACAAAUGUGCUAAAAUAACAUUUAGCUGCUUUUUUAGUUCCUGACAAUAAAAAAGAAAAAUCUUUGAGCAAUUUUAAAGCAUUUUUGAUCACAAAAUCAGUUAUCAGCUAUAUAUGUGACAACAGAUAUUUUCCUCAUUAGUGAUUUCAGAAGUCAAUAUUGUGGACAUAAAGUGGUACAUUGCCAAAAGACUUUAAUCGUCCACUUUAUAGGUGACAUAAGACGUCUAUUUCUCCAUGACAUGAAUGCAGCAGCACCAGUUAAACUUAAAAAUCACAGCAUGUGAGCCACGGCUGCUCUCCGCUGCCUCGUCUGACUGCAUCUCAUUUAAAACACGGAGAAAAAGGAAACAUCAUCACUGUUUGUCUUCAUCACCUACGUGACUCAAGACUUUACACUCGUCUUCUUGUGUCCUGUUCUUCUAAGAAAAAAAACGUUCUGACUUUUUUAAUUUCACAAGCCUUUCUUUUGUCGAUCUUUUUGUUUUUCCUUCAUGCUGAGGAAUCUUAUGGGACAGCUCGAGGACUGGCAUUUUAGACACUUUGUUUGGGACGUCACACGGUGUGAGAAGUCCUUCUGUCGCCUCUCUUCAGGGAGUUUUCUUAAAAACAGCCUCCUUGGCGCGAGGCGAUCGGUUAUUUUAUUCUGUCAGUUAAACUCCAUUUAACAUCCUGGACGCCUCUCACCUUCUGACUCAUUUUAAAAAUCAUUCACACGUUUAAAAACAAGUUUGUGCGUGUAAUCUUGUUGGAAAAAAAGUGUAUACAUACAUGUUUGUGAGACACUGCUGUCACGUUUUUCUUGAUGAAAAAUGAAAAAAAAAAAAACUGUAUUAACUCCCAGUGUGACCAUGGAGACGUUUAUGAAAGACUGGUUUUCUUUUUCAUUUAUUUCUACUCUUUACUAAGUUCUUUUUUUUUCUAUUUUGAAAGGUUAGAGACUUUGUUUCAUAUGAGCUGCAUUUAAGGUCGUCUUUUAAGUCAUAUGCUCGUGAUUUUGAUAUUUCUGACGGCACUUGAAAGCAGCAUUAGACUGAAGAUGCUCAUCUGAAACAGACCCGGAGAUUUUAGGAUGCAGAUGGAUCUCGUUGCAGAAAUUAUCCUGAAAAUUCUGCAUGCGAGUUUGUUUGUUUUUUGUCUCGUUCACUUUUUCACUUUGUUCAGUUUGCUGCAUGGAGGCGUGGCAGGUCCUGAGGGAUUAUGGGGUGAUAAAUGCUGAGGAGAGGAGCCAGUAUCUGGUCCACGCUGCUGCAGUUUCUUUGAAACUUAAAGCAUGUUGGCGACAGGAAGUGGCUGUCUGACCACGUUUGGUAUCGGAGCAGUUAGAUGGAGAGUGUCCUGAAUAUCAGCAGAUGUGACUGUUACUGAGUAACUGAUUAAUCUCUGGUGGUCGUAGUUUGUAUUGAUGAUGUGCCAACACUGCCAGCACUGAUUUUAACACACAGAGAGGCAACUCCGUCAGUGCUGAGGGUCCGAUUAGAGGGAAGAAGUUUCUAUCUUCGGCUCUUUUUGGUCGAAUAUGCAGUGAAGUUUCAUUCCUGCUGGCAGGUGAAAUGAGGGCAGGUGAGGAGGAGGAAGUCUGAGGUGGUCCUCGUUUUUCUUCUCCGUAGAGGCCGUGUUGUCUUGUAUCAGACAGGAGUCCAGAUGUCACAGUGUGAUUUGAAAAGCGGGACGAAUAAAAUUUCCAACUAUCGCUGAGUUUUGACUUCAGCUGGCGAGUUAUUUGUUGCGACAGGUGGAGUUCUAUUAUCAGAACCUCUUCGGCUCGUUACUUGUGAGAUGUUUAAGGCCGAUUAGACAAAGUAGUGCUUUUAUUUGCUGAAUCGAUGCACAUUAACCUGCCAGAAUCAAAGCUGACUGCAGUCUUUUUGUCUGUCAGUGGACGGCAGAUGUGACGGUUUUGAAAUCAAAGUUUCGAAUGAGUCGAGAGUUUUGUGUUUGUGAGUGCUUGUGAAGAAUACAAGGGUAAAGUUUGUAGGGUUAAUGUUUGAAAAAAAAAAGAUGUUAUUUGCACAGCAUUCUCAGAAUGCAGCCCUUUUGUGUUUUUUUUUUUCAUUUGUUAUUUCUAAAAAUGACGCACUACUUCUAUACAAAAAUAAAUAUAUACUGUACAUAAAAAAAGAAAAAACACCCGAAGGAAUGAAUGUCAGAAAUGUUUAAAUUAUUUCAAACAUUAUGUUUGGCCCCCUUUGGUUCAUUAUAUUUGUGAUGCCCUGAGAAUGUGUUUUUUUAUUAUUAUUAUAAAUAUUGCUAUUACUAUCAUAACCAUUAUUUUGUGUGAUAAUGACAAUAAUAAUCCUUUUGUAUCUACUCACAAACUGUAAAAAACCAGCUGUAGAAGUUAGUCUGGCACUGUGUGUGGCUAAUCAAAUCUGAACCUGCUCUGUUUCCUGAUUUAUUUUUGUCGCUUUCUGUGUAAUUAUAAGCUAAUAUAGAAGCAGUACUGUAGUGAGCUUGCAUGGCAUAAAAAAAGAACAUAAUAGUAUGAAUAACAUGAUGUAUUGUUUAUAUUAUUUGUGCCAUGAAGAAGCAGCAAUAAUAAAGGUUUGCGUGGAGGUUUUACAGUAUCGGGGUCAUGGGUAAUGAUGUGUGGGAUCGACUUUGUGUGUGAAUAUUUGAGGUACAAUUUCUUUCUUUAAUUUAGUCUAAUUGUUUUCAGCCUGACACACACAUUGUCUCACACACACACUGCUAAAAACGGUGUGUUUUUACCACUGUUGUCAGCAUAAUGUUCAUGUUGCUGAAAAACCAAAAUAGGAAUAAAAAUCUGAAGGUGAACAGGGAUUGAAAAGCCAAUGACAGAUGUGUCGUAUCUGAAAACAUUCCAGUUUUUAUCAUCACUCAAAAAGUGGAAACAGUCCAUCGUCAAUCUCUGAAGGGCUUUUCUUUUAGUUUUUAUCUUCUUUUUUUUUUCAGUCUAACAAUGUGAGUUGAUUUGUUUCUUAAAAAUCGACUUAGUUUUUACAUUUUGCCUGCAACAGAGUGGUAAAAUUCACGUUGUAAAACUGUAAAUGUAUCCUGUCUCUGUCAGUGUACAGUAUGUUUCAUCUCACACUCGCCCACCCGACAUGCAUGGUUGUUUCUCUCUCUCUCUCUCUCUCUCUCUCUCUCUCUCUCUCUCUCACACACA